AUGGCUGAGCUUGGAUACAUAGCGUUGGCUGGCAAUCUGCUCCAAUUCGCUGAACUUGGUGUCAAAUUAGUUCGCGGCGCCCUGGAGCGGUACAAGUCUGCCGAUGGCUCGACUAUUCAUGAUGAGAUAUUGAUAGCCGAUGCCCGGCGUCUGAGACAUCUUGCAGGUGUUAUUCUGAACAAUGAGUCAGAUGCAACAAAGACAACAGAAAGUCCGAUACUGCGCUCCAUUGCUCAGAGAUGCACUGAGGAUGCUGCUGUCUUGAUUGAGAUCCUCGACGCAUUGAAGGUGGAUACAACUCCAGGCCAGAACUUAUACGUAAGGAAGUUACAGAGCUUUGAGCAAGCACUAAAGCCACAAAAAGAUAUUCAAUCCCUUUUCAGAAGAUUAGAAGAUCAGAACAACAGCCUCGAGGCUAAGGCCACCGCCAAACUGGACGACAUCGUUAGGCGAAUUGACAAGACAACGCAAGUCUUACAAAAGACUAUACCCAAUGAAUUCUCAGCCCAGAUAGAUCUUCUCAGGGCCGAGAUCGAUGAUUUCAAUGACGAGAAACAGUACGUGCGAACGAGACACCACAUACUACGCAGUUUGAAAUUCGAUCAAAUCAAGGCGAGGCAGGAAGCGAUCAAGGAAAGACACAGAGCGACGUUUGACUGGGUUUUCAGCCACGAUGAUACCCUAUUUCCCCAAUGGUUGGAGUCAGGUAAUGGGAUUUUCUGGGUAAGAGGAAAGCCAGGAAGUGGCAAGUCGACUUUGAUGAAGUUUCUCGUCACUCAUCCGACGACGAGAGUGAAAUUAGGAGUCUGGGGCAACGGCUGCACGACGAUCAUCGCAUCUCACUACUUCUGGAGUGCCGGAAGCUCCAUGCAAAAGUCACAACGCGGCUUGCUCCAGACACUCCUGUACGAAGUGUUGAGGGAGGUUCCGAAUCUCAUCGACCGCGUUUGUAGUCGUCGUCGAUCGGCCUUUCAGCACGAACUGAUGGAAACAUGGGGGAUGGAGGAGCUUCUCGCAGCAUUUGCCCUACUCGCUAGUCAGACGGAUCUCCCUGUGAGAUUUUGUUUUUUUAUCGAUGGUCUCGACGAGUAUACGGAUCGAGCAAAGCGAUACGACAACACCUUCGAAGGUCUUCUUCGAGUUCUUAAAGACUUCGCGUCCUCGCCUUCUAUCAAGAUUUGUGCUUCAAGCCGGCCAUGGGAUGCCUUCCUGGACGCAUUUGGUGCCCAGCCAUGGCAACUUCGGAUGGAGGACCUGACUAGAGACGACAUCCGCCACUAUGUCACGGACAUAUUGUGCAACAACGAUGACUUUACGGCACUUACGAAACAAGAUGACCGUUGCUCUCGAGUAGCCGAAACAAUUGUCGACAGAGCUCAGGGCGUAUUUCUGUGGAUUUACCUUGUCGUGGAGUCCCUGAAGAACGGCCUCACAAAAGGAGACACAUUCACAGAAUUGCAAAGUCGGGUGGACGAGCUUCCAGCUGACCUGGAGGAAUAUUUCCAGCAUAUGAUCGAGUCAAUAGAGCCGAUAUACUGGGAAAGCACCUCGCGCAUUUUCAGAAUCAUGAUUGAAUCCGGUCAAGCGCUACCGCUUUUAGCCUUCGAAUUCCUCGAACAGGAGGCAGAAAACGCGAGCUAUGCGUUGCAAAUGAAGGUCGCCUCCACUUUGCCGGAAAACGUGGAAAAGUUACAUGACAGAAUGAAGAAGCGGCUCAAUGCGAGGGGCAAAGACCUCCUCUACGUUACCUUUCAUCCGGCCAAGAGACCAUUUCUUCAGUACCAAGUCGACUUUUUGCAUCGAACUGUGAGAGACUUCUUCAUUGAUCGAGCCGUACUUGAGGAAACAAAGGCAAGAAGAAAGACUUCCCACUUCAACCCGGCACUUUCACUGUGCCGAAUCAUGCUGGCUUUUAUCAAAACAGUGUCAUAUUCGGAAGAAGCGGUUAACUACAACGAGAUCUUCCUCUUUUCUGACGGACUGAUGUACCAUGCUCACACGAUUCAACAGGCAUUUCUCAACAACAACGAGAAAUCUGAUAUCAACCCUCAAUGUUCAUCGGAUGACAAGGAGAAUAUGUUCAAUCUGCUUGAUGCAUUGGAUCAAACGAAUACUUCGAAUGCCAGAGACAAGAAUGUCCACUGGACGAACUUCAGAGAAAGCCCAAAGGGCAGCUUCAGAGAGAAGCGACAGAAGAACUUUCUAGCCUCUGCUAUACAAGCGAGGCUAUCAUUGUAUGCGAAGCACAAAAUCGACAUAGAUCUAGAUCAGGUUCAUGAGAAGACUGGCCGACCGUUGCUGGACUACGCUCUGCGGCCAACCACCGUGACCCCUUUUGAGCUACCUACUCAAGAAGGUCCAGUCGGAGCUAUGGUUGAAUUCCUGCUACAAAACGGGGCUGACCCGAACCAGAGAAUCGAUUUGUAUGGCGGAAAGACGACUUGGCAACUUUUCCUUUCUGUCUGCUAUGGCCACAGUCUCCAAGCCGAAAAGUUGAGCCUUGAUGAGGAUGAGGUGACAGACACGAUUGUGGCGAUGUUGCUGUCGGGGGCAGAUCCCAAAGUUAGAAUUGAUCUCAAUGGCGGCGGGAGAGCAGAUGUCCUAGGGGUUGCUUUGAGACUGGCCCUUUCUAGAGCAAAAAUUGAGAGAAUCAAGAGCGCGAUGAAAGACAGCAAGCCCUGUCAGCAGCCGGGUUUCUUGGAGAGCUUCAGGUCAUGGUGGAGGAGCCUCCGAACCCAGUCAGGUAAAGCAGACCACCUACACAGCAGGAAGGCAUGCAGCCCCUUCACCGAGGUUCCUCCCAACACUGCUCCUGCCAUCGACAACCACGGUCCUUCCACACUCAUCCGAUCCACCCCCAAUUCUCCCCAAAUCCCAAGCCCCCAUCUCACUCCCGCGGUGCCCUCCACCAGAUCGGUAGCCAUCCCAAUGGCGAGCAUCAUUAUCCGACAGGAUCCGGGAUCCAUUUACCGACCCGGCCGAACCAACAUUGGCUACAGCAUCGUCAGCGACGAUGGCGUGAUUGGAGAACCCGCCCCUCAGGACGACGAUUCUUGGAUCGAGUUCCUGACCGACAAGGCGAUCGAGGACCUCGCCCUUCCUGACCAGGACCUCGACAUGACUCCGGAUGGCCUCUCUGAGAGCGAUACGCAGUCGCACGACGCCCAGCCCGACAUGUCAGAGAAAGUCAUUGACUCAAUCGAGGCGGCGAACAGAGAGGACGGGACCGAGGAGGAGAACCAGGAGGACAAGGCCAGUCAUUCCAUUGCCACCCGGGCUCGAAAUGUAACACCUCCCUUCCUAGCUUCUCGUUCUCGCAAUAUUGACUUUCAGGUACAGGGACAUCUCAGCCCCAUGUUAGUUGAUGGCAUCCCCCAGGACUCCACGUUGGACGGCUUCCGAGGCUUCUAUGACAACAUGGGCAACCCCUUCUUCCAACAUGACUAUGACUAUGAGCCCGCUUUACCCCCUCACCUCCGUCGCCCCAUCUUCGUCGACUGGGCCGAGCCCUUCAAGAACCCCGUCUACGCUCUUCGUUACCUUGCAGAGAUUGCCGGAGACUACUACACCGUGGCUCUCAUGAACCAGAGAAUCAGCAUGCAGCAACGCCCGCAGACACCAGGUGCUCAGAGCGUCUUGCAGUCGCACCUGCUCUCGCCUGCUGCUUCGCAUAUCGCUACGCCCGCUCGCACGCCGGCCACUAAGCGCCUUCGCUUCUCCGACGAUGUCGUUCGCUCUGGUUAA